AUUGAAAUCUCAUGUUUUGGUAACAGUGCUGUCACAAAGAAUUUUUUUCUUCAAUCGUUUGAAUUUAAUUUAAUCUUUCAACUUUCAUUAAGUUACAAAUGGCUUAUAACAAAGAUAAGUGCAUUGCUUGGAUAGACACAGAGCUAACAGGACUAGAUAUAGAAAGAGAUACAAUUUUAGAAGUUGCUUGUAUAAUAACUGAUGAAGAGUUGAAAGUAAUAAGCGAAGAAUUUAAUGUUGCAAUUAAUCAGAGUGAUGCAAUAUUGACAAGUAUGAAUGAAUGGUGUAUACAUCAUCAUAAUAUGACAGGGUUAAUAAGUGACUGUCAAUCUAGUAAACUGACUCUAAAAGAAGCAGAGCAAAUGUUGCUUGAUUUCUUAAAGAAGUACAUUUCAAAAGGAACUUGUCCAUUGGCUGGUAACACAAUUUAUAUGGAUCGUAUAUUCUUGAUGAAACACAUGCCAUCAGUAAAUGAUUAUUUACAUUAUAGAAUUAUUGAUGUCAGUUCACUGAAAGAACUCGUCAGGAGAUGGAAUCCAGUGAUUUAUAACAGCACACCUAAGAAAGAAUGCGUACACAGAGCCUUGCCGGAUAUAAAAGAAAGUAUACAGGAACUAAAAUAUUACAAGGAGAAUAUAUUUUUAUCUGGAGUCCCUUAACCAUAAUUUGUAUUAGUUUGUAUUUAAAUUCAAUAAAUAUUUAAAAAUUUA